GUUGGCUAGACAGGAUGAUCUCUUCUAGAUCUAUUAUGGGUCAAAUAAAUCAUGAUCUAAGUCUAAGCGCCCUGGUGGUGACUUGAAGAACUGCCUGUGACUCGAGGAGGAGGAGGAGAGAGGAAGUUCUCCAAAAGUUUUUUCCCUAAAACAGUUUUGGAGAGGUUCCGUUAUUUUCAGAGGAAGCAGCUGCGACUAUAAGGAUUACCUGGGAUAAAACGACCAGAAAUAAUAUUAAACUAAUUUAAAUGUUUCUUUUCACAUGAAAAACCUGACGGCCGUUCGUGUACGAUUGUUUUUUUCCUCUUUGAGUGGACUUACACCAGCAGAGGCGAUGCGAUGUGAGUGAGCUAUGCCUUGUGGAAAUGGACUGACUUUAUCCAAGCGAAAACAUGGCGUCUGCGUCCCGGGAUUGGGUCUGUUCUCCGGCGUGCUUGUGGCGCUGUGCUGCCUGGAGGUGUGGGGCUCCGAGCCGCGGAGCUGCUCUCCGUGUCCGCUCAACUGCAGCUGCGUGUUGCUGUCGGGGCCCCCGCAGUCCUGCGCCGUCAACUGCUCCAACAUAGGACUGGAGAAGGCCCCAGCCGCAGCCGACCUCCCGCUGGCCACCAACAUACUCAACCUGUCCAAAAACCACAUCUCCUCCCUCGACACCAGCCUGCUGGAUCGGCUCACUGGCCUUCGCGAGCUGUAUCUGCAGGGCAACAGGAUCAAUGUUCUGCCCAGCGGCGUCUUCUGCUGUGGGUCGCUGUCUGUGCUAGAUCUGAGCAACAACCAAAUCACAACGGUGAAGGAGCGAAUAUGUGACAACCUGUGCAAUUUAACGCAAAUUGACCUGAGCAAUAACCCUUUGGAGUGUGACUGUAAACUCUUCAGGCUGGUGAACUGGCUCCAGAAGAAGGGGGUCCAAGUGCGUCGCCCCGAGUCCAUGCUCUGCAAUCACCCAUCAGAGCUUCACCACCACCCACUCCUCAACAUCAGCCAACUCACUUGCGGUAUGAACUAUAUAGCUUGUUUGGAGGACAGCAGCAGUGGAGCAGGAGGUCGCAGUGAGCUUGUGAUCUUCUCCUCCUCGACUCCAGGGAACUUCAGCCGGAAACAGUGUACAGGGGUUUGCCUGAUGUCGUCCCACCGGUACGGGGGGCUGGGAGCCAGGAGAGAGUGUCUGUGCAGUACCAACUCUGAACCCAACUUCAUCAGCGAGGCCCAUUGCUCUGCAGCCUGCACCAACCCACGCGUCAUGGAGGAAUGUGGCUGGACUCUUGCUGAUGAUGUGUUUGCAGUGGAUUUUUCUGUCUCAGUUAAGUCCCUUCCUCCUCAAAGUGUCCACAACCAAAUCGGCCUCUCCGCAGCCUCCUCCGUCAGCCCCGUCACACUGUCCUGGGACUUUGGCGACCUUUCACCCCGGGUCAACACCUCUGAAACCGAGGCAACUAAAGCCAUGCACAAAUAUGGACUUCCUGGCCAAUACAAAAUUGGUGUGACAGCAUGGAUUGACCACAAAGAGGUUUCUGCUCAGGGCGAAGUGACAGUGAUGCUACCACCCAAACUACAGCUCCUCUGCCCACCUCUUGCUGUUGCCAAUAAAAGUCUGGAGAUCUCUCUUCUGAGCUGGGGUGCUUUGGGUUUAAAUAUAGAUUGGAAAAUCACCAAAGACAGUGUGGAAAUAGCAAAAGCGUCUCCUCACUGUCCCGGCGGAGUGGUCCACAAUGAGACGUCCCACUGUUUCCAGAUUCUUCCAGAGGAGAUGAACUGGACUGACGCACGACAGCACUGUUUAGACCGUGGCGGGGAUCUGGCUAUAGUCAGGAGUGAGGCUCUGCGUGGCCUGUUGGCAAUCAAUGUCACACAGGAGCGUGGAGUCUGGUUGGGCCUAAGUGAUGUGCAGUCACCGGGAAAGCUGCUGUGGGUGAAUGGCUCCGAGGUGCAGGAAGGAAAGGAAGGUCCUCCGCCCCGAUCUGCGAUAACCAAAGGAAAUAUGUGCAUCUCCCUAGACCAGCGUGGACAGACCAGCUCACACCGCUGUAACAUCAAGAGGGCCUAUGUCUGCGAGCUCAAGCCCCAAGUUCGUGUCCCAGAUGCUGGUGUGUACAUGGUGGGCCUGGCUGUGUUUCCUACCCACAAUCCUUUGCUCAAUAUCCAAGUAGAUCAACUCGUAACUCCAAAACCAACAAGCAGUGGCAUUGAGGUUCUAUUGUUUCCUUCUCUUAACUUUAUCCACGGCGGUCGGUUGUCCUCACUGGAGGUUGUUACACAGAAACGGCAAAGACAAGUCCAAGUUCAUUUCCAGACCUAUAGACCCUACUGCCACUACCCUGGCCUUCACCUGCUGUUUCCCGGUUGUGGAGGUGUCACCUGUGCACCCACUGCUGUUUGUGUGCCCACUAAUUCUGAAGCCAAAGACCCUCCGUCAUGCCCCCCACUGCAGCAGUGGUGCCCCUUUCAGCAGCAGUGCCUGUCCUUGUCCUCCCCGUGCCUGCCAUCGUCCUGCUCCAACUGCUCCCAGGCUCAACUCUUACCCCACGGGGCGCUCAGGCCUCGCUACAGACUGCAAAAUGAGGUGGUUUUCACGUUGCCAGUGGGACCCUCUACACACAUACAGAUACAAGACCAAGUAGAGGACCUCCUUGUCUUUCCGGGGGAUGUUUUUGCUCUUCAGCAUGAUGCAGGCCCAGGGUCCCUCCUCCUCUGCCAGUCUGCUCCUCACUCCCCCUGGCGCCAGUCAGUUUUAGCCAUAAAUCAGUCGGAGUGGUUUUGGUUGGACAGCACCAGAUCUCAUGAAGAACAUGAAGCAGGCCGUAUUCCCCCUGAACUGGACAUUGAGGCGCUGGUGGUGGACGGGGAGGCACGAUGGGUGACAGACGUGGUUUGCCCCGUCAGAGUCCUCUACGCUGGAUGCAGUGAGUCCCAGCUACAAGGACAGCAUCUGAUGACUGGUUUAAAAGAGCCUGGCCUUUACACUCUGCAGGUGUAUUCUGCUGAACCGUCCUAUCCAGUGCUGGACACAUGUUUGCUGCAAGUGGUGCCUCCUCUUGGCUUAACCAUCAUCCACCCAUCACUUCAGAAUGGAUCCAUUUACCUCCAGCCCAAUGAUACUCACAUUCUUCUGCGUGUUCAGUCUCGAUAUUUGACCAGUGUGACUUGGAGUGGAACCAAUAGCACUGUGACCUUUGGGCCCACUUGCCCCUCUGAGUUUGUGUCUCGCCAUGGUUUGUGUCAGGCAAGUCCAAACACAGGGUCCCAGGCUGAUGCCUCUGAGCCCUGUCAGUACGCUGUGCUCGAUUUGGCACCGGGGCUAGAGGGGCAGGAGGGGCAGGAGGGUCCCGAGGGUCCCAUACACCUGGGUCUAGAGGCUCAUAACAAUGUGACAGAGGCCAGUCUGUCUGUGGUGGUCCACCUGGAGGAGGCGCUACAGGGGCUGAUGGUGCAUCCACACCCCACCCACAGAGUGCUGAUGGAGUCUGUUGUGAGUUACACUGCGUCUGUGGCACAAGGCUCUAAUCCCACGUUUAAAUGGACAGUUGAUGACAAGCCUUAUUUCACUUAUUACAACACUGUGCUCAAUGUGAUUUACCAGCAUGCUGCGGUCUACAAGCUCACGGUGACAGCCAUGAACCAUGUCAGCACCAUCACACAGCACUUUAAUGUAACGGUUGACCGGCUGGUUCCCAUGUCAAACCUUUCAGUUCAGGGAGUCCCGGAUGUUGUCCCCCAGGGCUCCACUCAGACUUUUACCACCUCUGUGCUGCUGGACAUGUCCGUGGCUGCUACCUUCCGUUGGAAUUUUGGUGAUGGUGGAUAUAAAGAGUUUGAAUACAAGCCACCAUACCCUGCCUCUCUGCAAAGCCCAGACUACCCCAAUCAAAUCUUACUCAGUAACAACGUCACUUAUGUCUACUCCCAACCAGGGAUUUAUCCAGCUUUAGUCUCCGUGUCCAACCGUUAUGAAAACAUCAGUCAAACCAUCAACAUGAGCGUCUACAGCAUUCUCAAUCACGUGGACAUACAGACACAACCACAGCUUCUGCUCGCUGGCCAAGUUGCUCAAUUCGAAGCCCACCCUCUGCCCUCUCCGUACGGGAUCCACUAUAGCUGGGACUUCGGCGAUGGCUCUGCCCCACAACAGGGUCGACUCUUGAACCAUACAUAUACUCACAGUGGCGUCUUCAAUAUCUGUGUCUUAGUCAACAACACCAUAAGUUUUCACGCUGCGUAUGCUGUCAUGCUUGUGUAUGAGAAAAUUGAAAACCUGACAGCGAGUACAUCCUCUCCGUCUGAGCUGCACUGUCCUACAAUAGUGCAGGCUCAUAUUACAUCUGGUAAUAACGUGACUUGGACUUUCUCUAUGGGUGACGGCUCUCACCACACUGUAUUUGAACCUUAUAUAUCGCACCAAUACAAGUCUGAUGGCAACUACACGGUGAAUGUUACUGCCUCAAAUGCGGUGAGCUCUGCCUGGAUAAUCCUACCUGUGCAUGUAUUUAUAUUCCAAAUUGCCCACAUUGAACCAGCGGGGUGUGUCCAUGAAAAUACCCCCAUAAAUUUCCUGGCAUUUGUGACUGGAAAUUCCUCAGCUCACCUUUAUGAGUGGAAAUUUGGAGAUGAUAAUACCACUGAUGUGCGUGGAAAUCCUCAAACCUCACAUACCUAUGCAAGAAGUGGGAACUACAUCCUUACUCUAUCCAUUUCAAGUGGUGUCAGUAUAGCGACUAAAAAUGUGGUAGUUUGUGUGGAACCAGCUCUCAAAAACAUCAGCUUCACUCAUGAGAAAUCCCACUACGCAGUUGAAGAGGAAAUUUGGUUUCAAGUCCUAGCUGAACCCAACUUUAACUACAGCUAUGAGUGGGAUUUUGGCCGAGGUGAUAACCCUGUGCUUGUUGUAGGAUCUGGAAAUGUGACCACCAAAUAUACAAACCCAGGCCAUUACACUGUGACUGUCACCGUCUUCAGUAACAUCUCUUCUCUCAACACCAGUGUCAAAAUUGAGGUUCAAAUGCCAAUUGGACCAAUUCCAAUUUUACAUAAUGGCACCAAUCACAACAACCUGACUCUGAGAGAGCCCUAUGCUUUCCACACAUCCUCCUUAGCCACCAAUGUCUUCUACACAUGGCACUUUGGAGAUGGGUUUGUGCAAAAUGGUACAAGUAUUGUUCACACCUACAACAUUUCAGGAAAUUACAAUGUCACGCUAAUAGCAGUGAACACAGUUAGCAGCAAUCAGACAGUUUUGUCUGUGGCGGUACUGGCUCCAAUCAGAAACCUAACUCUUAACUCAAGCUUGAUUAACGUCCCUUUAAAUGCGUCGGUGAAUUUUGAAGCGCAUAUGGAUGAGGGAGAUGGUGUGCGCUAUUCAUGGAUUUUGUGUGACCACUGCUCCUCAAUUGUAGGGACAAAUACAAUGUUUUACACCUUUCGAUCUGUGGGUACUUUUACAAUCAUUGUGAUAGCUGAAAAUGACAUAAACACUACACAAGCUAGCAUCUUGUUAUUUGUGCAGCGUGAACUUGAGGGGCUGUACAUUAUACCAGAAGAUGAACUCAGGGGUAUUGGUUCAACAGACAAAUGCUACUAUGCCACAAAUCGCAUACUCCAUCUUCAGGCUGGGUUGAAAGAAGGGACGAAUAUGACAUUUACUUGGAACUUAAUUCGAGAGUUUGAGCCUCACUUGUCUGUAUAUAAUAUAACUGGUAAAACUGUGGAGAUGAACAUCUCUUCUCCAGGCCUCUGUAAUAUUUCCUUGCGUGCGGACAAUCUUCUUGGCCAUCUGACUGUUGAUCGGACCAUCAACUUUCUUGAACCAGUGGGAAUGCUGUCUUUGAAAAUCAGCCAAAAUCCUGUUGCAGUAAACUCUCCCAUUAACAUGAGCAUCUUAGCAAAUAAAGGAUCUAACUUACAAUACCGGUGGAUGAUAAACAAAGAUGUGCAACAGUGGAACAUGUCCUCAAAGAUGCAUAGUUUUGACACUGCUGGACUGAAAUCAGUUGAAAUAGAGGUUUUCAAUGAGGUUAGCUCAGACAUUUUGUCAGAGACUGUUAGGGUACAGGAAAACAUCUCUGGGCUAAGAUUUACAAUCAAUUCAACAGAAUUAAGUUACGUGUCAACCGGUUUUAUAAACUGGUUGCAAGGGGAGGUGAUCACUGGAACCAAUGUUACGUGGACAUGGACAGUUGAUGGACAGACAGAAACAGGAAACAAUAUAUCUCAUACUUUUCUCAAACCAAAACAUACAAAUAUUUCAUUGAAGGCAUCCAAUGACAUCAGUGAAGAUGUCGUGUCCAGAAAUAUUGUUGUACAGGACAAGAUAAAUGGACUCGUCCUCAAAGGUAAAACGUAUGUACGUGUGGGCGAUGAGGUGGAGUUCACUGUAGCACUGGCAACUGGUACAGAUCCUGAAAUUGUACUCAGCAUCAAUGGAGACAACAUGUUAUUUAUGCAACCCAACCAAACCUACGGUCACACUUUUACCAAAGUGGAUGUGUACAAGGUUACUGUCACAGCUCAGAACAAGGUCUCUUUAAAGAGGUAUACUCUCCACGUCCAGGUGAUGGAGAGCGUGCGAGGCCUUUCCAUAGUGGGUUGUUGUCCCACAGCCAUUCCAGUCGGAGAAAAGAAGACAUUUGUCGCUAACAUCCUGACAGGCAGUGAUGUUAGGUUCCUGUGGACCCUAGAUUUGCAUCAUUUAGACAAAGUUACACAUAUGAAGAAAGAGGUGUCCUAUGAGCCAAAAGAAGCAGGAACACUGACCAUUCAUUUGAAGGCCUUUAACAGCCUUGGUGAAGAUCACAUCACUAAGGAAAUCCAGGUGCAGAAUGUGCUUAGUGGUGUGGUUGUGUAUGCAGCGCCCCGGGACACUUUUAUCAAUAAGACGGUGACUCUGAUGGCCUUUAUCACGCCCAGACACACUUCUGUGGAGUGUCUGUGGGAACUGGGAGAUGGAUCAGCUACUUUUAAGGCAGACACAGCUGUUGGAUAUAUUUACAAGAAGCCUGGCCAUUAUCUUGUUAGAGUGAACUGCAGUAAUCAGGUGAGCUGGGUAUUGGGUCAGGCGGAGGUGAAUAUUACUGUGUUGGAGUGUGAGGAGCCAGAGGUGCACGUGGUGCAGGCCCCUCGCCUGCCUAUCUUGCGUUCUCAGCCCACUCUGGUGGAGGCCAAUGUGGAUUUGAAAGGUUGUGUUCGUUAUGGGGAGCAGUACCUCUGGCAGAUCCUUGCUGCUCCCUCCUGUGAUAAUAGCAAUGAUGACCAGGUAAUGUCAGAGCCAUCGCUGCCUGUCCCAGUAAUUCACCUGCCCGAGGUGGACACCCGGCGCCUUCAGCUGUCGCUUCCUAAGAUGUCCCUCCCAGUGGGGAACUACUCCUUAGUCUUCUCUCUGUCGUACGAAGGUGUGCCGCUGAGGAAAGCGGCCUGUUUGCAGCUCACUGUCAUGCCAAACAAGCUGAUGCCUAUAAUCGAAGGAGGGACCUACAGAGUUUGGUCUCGGAGCCAGGACCUACAGCUUAGUGCAGAGCAGUCAUUCGACCCCAACAUGGACCUACACAGCCAGUCCCUGCUCCACUACCGCUGGGAGUGCAUAGGAACUUCACAGGGGCCAGAGCACUGCUCCACUCUGAAUUUUGGAUUGGGGUCCAAUGGCCCCGUGUUGGGCAUAUCAGGUGUAGAGCUUGAAGCAGGAGUUGAAUAUACCUUCAAACUGACAAUCAGCAAAGAUGGCAUGGCUCCAGAGUCUACCACACAGACGGUGCUGGUACAGAGUGGCGAUAUUCCUACGGUAUAUCUGGAGUGUGUUUCUUGUAAGGCUCAGUCUUUUAAUGAGGUCAGCCAAAACUCUAAACUCUACCUCAGGGGGACCUGCACCAACUGUGAGGGAUUUCACCGAGGGCGGUGGACUGCCAUGACGUCACAGAAUGAGUCCCUGGUGCUGGACUCCUCCUCCACCACAACAGGAAGUGACGGCAUGCACCUGGUGCUGAGACCAGGUGUGCUGCGAGAGGGUGACUCCUACAACUUCACCUUGCAUGUUACCGACUCUGGGUUGGAUGGGGAGGGCGCUGCGUCCAUAACCCUGCAACGCAACAUGCCCCCUGCUGGUGGGGAGUGUCACCUGAAGGCUGGUGGUGAAGUGGGAGUAGAUUAUGGCAUUGAAGAUGGUGAAAUCUGGAGAAUACAAACACUCAUGGACAGAGUUCAGUUUAACUGCUCAGGCUUCAGUGAUGUGGGGGUCUCUGAGACCCCGUUGCUCUACAGUCUGUUGGUGACCAGGUGCAGGGAGGAGUACUGUGAGGACUUUUGUGUCUACAGAGGCAGCAGCCCUGAACACGCAGCCUUCCUUCCCCCAGGUUUUAGCUCAGCUCGACAUCGUGUGGCUGUGUCUAUCACAGUGGAAGACCACCAAGGAGCUACCAACACUGCACUUAAUAAAUCUCUUGAGGUUGGGCUUCCAGAUCCACCGCUUCAGUACAGUAGCCUCCCACACUGGUUGUCUGAACUGACAGACACAAAACUCAAAAAACUACUGGAGCAGGGAGACUCUCAGAGGGUCAGGGAGCUAUCAUUGGCUCUCAUCACCGUUCUAAAUGAGUAUGAGCAGACCAGCCAGCGGGGGUCCCAAGCAGAGCACUUGUAUCGAGUCCGAGUUAGAAGCAACAUCACCAGAGCUUUGACUUCUCUCGACCUGACCACGGUUAAUGAUAUCCAGCAGACGUCAGCAGCUUUAGCACAGUGCACGGCUGUGAAUCGAGAGUUCAUAUGUGAGGAGUGUCAGAAUAGUACACUCAACAAACUGGAGUCCAUGUUGAAAAUCCUGCAAACGGACACCAAGCAGGGCACUGUCACGCCGACUGAGAUUGCAGACAAUAUCCUCAAUAUCAUGGGCGAUCUCAUCCAUCAGGUGAGCCAGUCGGCCUCCCAGAUGUACGUGUCUCCUGCCUAUGUGGAUGCUGCCCCACAGCCAUCCCACCCCAUCUUCUCUCCCAUUGAGGACCAGGGUAACUCCAUAUUUGACCCUCUACCCCCAUCUCUGGAGCCACACCCCUUGAGGGUAGCUGCAAAAGCCUACAGUCUGUCAUCUGUGCUGAUGCUGAUUCUAAUGCAUGCCCGGGUCCUUAACGAAGAGCCCCUGAGGUUAAGAGGGGCAGAGAUCGCUGCCACUGGGAAACUAGCGGACCCACAGAGCCUUCUGUGCUACCAGGGCAACAACAGUCCAGAGUGCCAGCGCUUCUCUAUCCCCAGAGCCUUCAACAAAAGUCUUGGCAAAGCUGCAGCAGGAAACAGCAUCAUGCAGCUGCUGUUUCAGGUGGAGUCCAAUCCAUUCCCCUUCAACUAUGUCCCAAAUUACACAGUCUCAACUGAGGUAGCGUCCAUGGAGUUUCGGACUGAAAACGGCACACAGAUUCCUAUCUCAGGACUGGAUGACAGCUUGGCCAUCACUGUAGCUGUUAAUAAUGGCAGUAUUGUGAAUGAGGGGGGUUCUUUUAGUUGGAGUGCACCAGGAUUGCCCACCUCUGGGUCUGUUAACAUUAGCCACUGCGACUCAGUCAUAGUCAAAGUGAAUGCAAGAAACACCCAUCGACAAGCAGGACUUUUUGUGCAGCUCAAUUUCACAUCUUUGGAAGAUAUUGGACACAAGGAUAAAGACAAAGAUGGAGAAGGACCAUACAUCACUGCAUACCUUCAUUCUCAUGACAGACCCAAUGAGUUCAACUGCACUGAUAAAAAACACAUUUCACUAAAUAUGACCAGAGGACAUGAUUUGGACCAUAAGAAAUUUACAUUCUUCCUCUCCCCUGAAUCUUAUGACACGACUCUGGAGUACUUUAUCAACGUGAGCACAUCCUGCAGUUCAAGUGCACAACCUGUAGGGGUGUGUCUGGAAGUGGGGGUGUUUGCGUCUCUGUGCCAGUACUUCAAUGAGAGUGACAAACAGUGGAGGACAGACGGUAUGGUGCCGCUGGCAGAGACGAAUGCCACCAGAGCCGUGUGCCGCACCAGGCACCUCACUGCUUUCGCAGCAGGCCUCUUUGUCCCGCCCAAUGCCAUCAGCUUCAAAAUACCAGAGCGAUAUGGAGCGCCUAGCCUUGUGGUGCUACUGGUUUGUGUAUUGGGAUUACUAAGUUACGUCAUAGCAGCUGCCAUUUUGCAUAAACUGGACCAGAUCGAUCUCCGGCGGGCUGGUGUCAUCCCUCUCUGCGGUGAGGAGGGGCUCUUCAAAUACGAGGUGCAGGUCAAAACCGGUUGGAGCCAAGGAGCAGGCACCACUGCUCAUGUAGGCAUCAGUCUGUAUGGACGAGAGAGCCGCAGCGGUCAUCGUCACCUGGACAGUCGCGGUGCCUUCACACGCAAUGCUCUUGAUAUCUUCCACAUCGCCACGGAUACCAGCCUGGGCAGUGUGUGGAAAAUACGGAUUUGGCAUGACAACAAAGGUCUGUCCCCAGCAUGGCUGCUACAGUAUGUCCUGGUCAAAGAUCUCCAAACAGGAAACAGUUACUACUUCCUGGUUGAUGAUUGGUUGUCUGUGGACAAUGAAAAAACUGGAAGAAAAGUGGAGAUUGAAGUAGAGGCCUCAGAGGAUGCUAUGCUCCGGCAGUUACCGCGGCUCUUGCGCACUGAGCUGGAGAGAGCGGUCUGUGAGAGCCACCUGUGGCUGUCACUAUGGGAGCGACCCCCACGCAGUCCUUUCUCCCGCCUACAGAGGGCAACCUGCUGUGCAUUGUUACUGCAGCUCAUUCUUAUGGCAAACACACUGUGGUACAGCGUAGUCGUUGACAAAAGAAUCAGCCCAAGGGCCGUGUCGACAUUUUCUUCUCUGAACGGAGAGACAGUGGCAGCAGGUGUAGUGGUCUGCCUGGUGGUCUACCCGCUAUACCUGCUCGUAUUCACACUGUUCAGAAUGAGCCGUAGUAAGUGUGUAACUGUGGAGCAGGUGCCUCCACAGGUUGACCAGGAGUCAGUGGAGAUCGAUGACUUUCUUGAUAACUCCAUGGCUGGAAGUUCAUUUCUCUUUUUCAGUGGAGAGACCAAUUCCGAAGAAACAAAUGUUGAUUUACCUACACCAUCAACAAAAAGUGAUGAGAGUUGGGACAUGGGAGAGGAGGACAUGGAGGAGCAUGACUGGCCGGAGCUCACGAGUGACGUGUCCGCAGUGGGCGGGGGAGGACAUGGGGCGGGACUCCCCAGACUGAAGAGGGGUCAGGGGAGCAGGCAUUUAGGAGUGGACAUAGCCUUUAACCCUGAUAAUGAAGAUGGACAACACAACAAAUACUUCACCUCUUCAGACGAAGAUUUAAUAAAGCACAUUUUGGCCGAUGGACAAAACUUCUUCCCUGAGGCUGAUGAAAGUGAGAUGGCAGAUCUAUCAAGCAUCUUUGGGGACAAAACUGAAGUUAUUCUUCUUCACAAAUUAAAUGAACCUCUUCCUCUUGAAACUGUCAGAAGGGACCCACCAAAAACUGCUUUCACAUCAAACACAGUGGUGACAGAUGUGUGCCGCCCGCGGCGCUUCCCACCCUGGUGCGGUCGGGCGGCUCUGUGGGGCAGCUGGGCAGGAAUCGUACUGGCCAACUUUGUCUCCAUUUGGGCAGGACACGGGUUUAAUCAGAAGGUGGCCAUGAUGUGGUUUAUUUCAUGCUUUUCUAGUAUCCUGUGCUCCUGUCUGCUUCUGGAGCCAAUCAAGGUGAUCUGUGAGGCUGUGUACUAUGCAGUGUGUGUGCAGCGGCUGCGCCCGGAGGACCAGGAUGUGCUGGUGGAGUUCCCGCGGGUGGAGCGGGUGGUGCAGAGGGUCCACAGAGUGCGCCCCCCCCAGGGCUUCGCUCUGUCCCAGGCCCGACAGCAGGCGCGCAAAGUCCACAUGCUGCACACCAUGUUAAAGAACUUCCUGGUGUAUAUGUUUUUACUGCUGGUGGUUAUUCUCCUGAACUACUCGGACUCAACCAAAGACACUCACAGUUUGAGGCUUCGCACUCAGCUCCAACAAGCCCUGCACACGCCAGAAUACCACAAAAUCACCAGCCGAGAGGAUGUGGUGAUGUGGUUGAAUGGGUCCUUGUUGCCACGACUACUGGAUGACUCAAGACUCCUUCAAGAUACAGGAAGUGUGUUGCUUGGUACUGUAAGAUUUCGACAAAUACGAGAUCUACAAGAAGAAAUAAAAGCUUCAGAUGACCCUUCAGUAACAUCACCCACAAUAGCCAAAAGGUUGCACCGUUUUGGUAAAAGGAGAGCAUUGGAGAGUGGAGAUGUUAUCCAUCAGCUGAACCGAAGUGUGGGAGAAGCUAUUUCCUCUUUGGAGCAUCUGCAGCGGCAACAUUGGCUCAACCACAGGACUAGGGCAGUAGUUGUGGAGUUUCCAUUGUACAAUAUAAACACCAACCUUCUGGCAGUUUUCUCUUUCAUCUUUAAUUUCCCCGUCUCUGAGCGUGCCCAGUGCAGCCUCAAUCUCCUGGUGACGAGUCUCUGGCCGAUCACGGGUCUGGAUCUGCCGCUGCUCCUAACGAUGAUCCUCUUUGUCCUGGUCAUGUACUUCCUGGUUCGGGGCAUCCUGGGAUACCUGAAACAGGGCUACACAUAUUUGCUGUCAUCGUGGCGAUUGUUGGGUGUUUGUAAACUCCUCCUGGCCCUGUCUGUGUGUGGCCUGCACCUCAGUCGCUGCAUCAUGGCCAAGCAGCAGUGGGCAUUUUAUCUGAGACAUCAUAGAGUCUCCUUUACGGACUUCUACCCUGUGGCAAAGCAGAGCCAGCUGUACACCGUCAUGGCCGCUCUGCUGUUGUUCAUACUAGUGCUGAAGGCGUCUCAUCAGCUCAGGUUUCUGCGAGAGUGGGCUGUGUUUGGGAGGACCCUGAGGCGUUCAGGGUGGGAGCUGCUGAGCCUCGCUUUGGCUUUGCUGUUACUGGUUCUGGCCUACGCUCACACAGGACACCUGCUGUUCCAUUCAGUGUUUGAUGGCUACAGCAGUGUGAGCUCCGCCUGCAUGUCCCUACUGGGCACAGGAGGGAGAGGGGUUUUAUUUUGGAGGCCUGUCUCUGCCAUGAACACUCCCUCCAGCAGUGCCUCCACACUCAUGUUCCACACCAGCUUCGCGGUACUUCGCCUCCUGGUGGUUUGGUUUGUAAUCGCAGUGUUGCUGAGGAACUACAGGCGGGCGAGGGCGGAGCUAUACCGUCCUGCAGUAGACCUCCAGGACUAUGAGAUGGUGGAACUUUUUCUACGGAGACUCAAGAUGUGGAUGGGACUCAGCAGGGCCAAAGAGUUUCGUCAUAAAGUGCGCUUCGAGGGAAUGGACCUACCUCCAUCCCGUUCCUCCUCCACCAGUGACUGCAGGUCCCUGUGCCUGCCCCCCCUGGACCGCCCCGACUCCCCCUCCACCCCAGACAGUGUGGACGGGGGCUCAGAGGCGUCAUGGCGACCGGCCUCAUCCAGCCCCUGCAGUCUGACUGAAGCACCUGGAGCCACUCUAGGCCUGGGGUUUGGGCUGGGCUUGGGACUGUCCCCGGGGGUGUUGGUGGGAGGGGCAACCUGGAAGGAGAAGGCGGAAACCGAAGCCGCUCUAGGGAGGGUCCUGCCCACACUGGACGCUCUGCUGCAGCAGCUGGACCGCGUCACCAUGGCAACAGAGGAUCUGUACUAUGUGGAGUGUAAGCUGGAAAAAGCCCAGAAGAAGAGAAGGCUCAGAGGAGAGAUGGGCCUAGGAACAAGCAAACUUUUGAGAGGUCAUGGGGAAGACUCAGGCAGGGGGAAGGAACGAAAGAGCAGUAAAGAAAAACUAAAAACUAAAAAAGGGAAAAAAGGAGAAAAAAGUGAGGGAAAAGACACCAAAAAGACUCCUGUUGCCACACCAGUUCCUUUUUUUAAAUCUAAAGCAUCAUCUUCACACUUAAUACCAAACUCUUUGAGCAAAUCGACAGUCAUCACACAGGAUCAUGCCCCUCCCCGCUUCUCGGGGUCCACCUCUGCCCACACGCUUUCAAACAAACCCACACCUGCUCCUUCUAUUACCCCUGCCCCAACCACCCCUGGGCCUUCCACCUGUGCCUCCACACCAACCCAGUCAGGGCUUUCCUCCUCUAGUCUGUUCAAUCACCCCGCGCACACAACGAUUCCCACGCGCAAGAGAAAACGCAAGCCCCCACCCUUAAAAAACAAGGUGCACCCAAAUUUGGACAACUAAGAGGAGAUAGAUGGUGCAAGUGAAGGAUGAGAUGCAGAGGAUGAUUUGGGUUGAGAAAGAGAGGAGAACUUGAGACAGCUGGCUGGUUCUCAGGAUGUCCUCUCUAAAUCAGGGAAAGGCAAAUUUUAAACAGAAAGUUGAAAAAAAAACGAUGGAAAAAUGAUGGUGCAGGUCGCUCAGCACAAGUUGGUUUAGUUAAGUAAAUUACAAAUCAGGAUAACUCCCUUUUGUUGUGAGUUUGUGUGUGUUUGUUAAAUCGUUGUUGAUAAAUGCUUUGUGACCCCGGUGGUCAUGUGUGAUCAGUGACAAGGGCACAAGAAUGUGCUCACAUGGUUGGACUUUUCUAUCUGGGUAAUUAAAGCGUGUACAUUACAUACACAUUUUCAUAUAAACAUGUUUAAGAUGAACACUGUAGGUAUUGUAGAAGUACUUAAAAUAUUACAUAAUGGUACACAAGAUAUGAUCCAAAGCACACAUUACAGGCUGUUGGGUCUCUCAGCCUCUUUUUCAGGUACAAAGACUGUUUAUUUUCUACAGUGUUGAUGUGAGGAAGAACCAUCUAUUUAAAAAUGAGUCCGAAUAAUUGGCAAACUUUUUUUUGCAUCUUCUGUGUCUUAUAAGUCUUAAAGGUCAUAGGGAGAUCAUGACCCUCCCACUCUAAAGCUAACUUUUGUAUCAUGUUUUGAAGCACUUUUAAUUGUUCUGAAUGAGGUAUGCUACGUCAUGAUCAUGUAAUAAGCUUGGCAUUAAAACCAAAAGGGAAAGUUUUACUCAUACAUACUGUAUUAGUGCCAAACGUGUGUGUUGUUUAUACAGCUUGAAAUCAUUAUCAUGCUAUGUAAUUUUAAUACAGCUUUUGUUUGUACUUAGCACUUUAUUUUUCAAGGAAGAUGAUUCCAAUGGCAUAUUUAAUUGUUUAACAUUUCCAUUCUAUUUCACAUGGUAAAAGCGCUUGUUAUUAAAAUGCAGGUAUUAAUACGUUUAGAUAUAGUUUUCUGCACACGUAUUGUUUUUUCAUUAAAUGUCCAAGGGGCAGAUCUCAGGGAACUCAGUACAUCCCCAAAAGAAAGUAAGAGUGAUUUUUUUCCAAAUGUAGGUACAUGUUUAAAUUAUGCAUGCAUCUGAAAUGUAAACCCUGUCCUGUGCAGCAGUCUUAGAGGGUUAUACAGGUACUAUGUAAUCUGUAUGUAGUCAUAUAUGUACAUAUUGGGGCUUUUAGUGUAUAUAUUUUUGCUUCAUGCUUCAAUACCUUUGAGUAAAUGGGGUAAUAUAGUGCUGCGUUUAAACUCAUUUUUGCUAUUUGUUCAAGAUAAGAAGUUUAGUUUUGUGUUAUGUUUAUGUAUGGUCCUUAUUUGUAAUGUAGUUGUAUUUUCCUGUAUCUGGUAUUGUUGUUUGUAUUACAUUUAUAGCACUUAAUGCUUUGCACCUGACAAUGUCAAUGACUCUGGCUGCUGCAUGUUGUCUAAUAAAAAGUGCCAAUAUAGUGUUUUUGUAAACCAUAGUCACAUUUCAAACUGAAAUGUCUACUCCACGCACAGAAAAAUAUUGAAAAUUGUACAGAAGUAAGUGCAUUCUUCGCACAUUUACUCUGGUGUUUGUUACUGAUUCUAGACAAAUGCACAUGGAUAUUUGUGAUACAUUGAAAAAAUAAAAAUCAGAUAACCAAGUA